AACGGCGACUUAUAGUCACAUCGGGUGUACAAAACGACUGGCACAGCCGCACCCGCCUCGGAAACUGAUUCAUUCAGACCCUCGCGUUGUUUGUUCCAGUUCCUUGACGGGUUUACUCAGAUCGUUGAGACUGGGCCACAUAUUGCUCGCGCUCGCCGGUCGAGCUUCUCUCAACUACACGUGGGCUUCGAGCUGGCUCGAGGUCCUGACAGUCUCCAUUGCGGCACAUGGUUUCAGUCAGUCUCUUGCUGAACUGUCGUUACUAAGGCAUCUUUUUCCGUUGCAUUGGUUCAAGGUUCCUUGUUCUUAGAGCCCUCAUCAUGAACGAAGCCAAGCCUCCAAAGCCUCAGUGCGGGGGAGGGGGAGCGUCCAAGGAGGAAUAUGACCUGGCAUUGCAUACCGCUGGCUUGUUUAUGGUGUUGGCUGCCUCUUGCAUUGGAUGUGGCUUCCCCGUCGUGGCGAAGAAGAUCAAGUGGCUCAAGAUCCCCCCCAAGGUUUUCUUUGCUUGCAAGCAUUUCGGCACAGGCGUCCUGAUUGCAACUGCAUUUGUUCACCUUUUGCCAACCGCCUUUUCGAGCCUCAACGACCCAUGUCUGCCGGACCUCUUCACGGAUGACUACCCAGCCCUCCCAGGAGUCAUCAUGAUGGGAUCUCUGUUCAUUCUAUUUGUCAUUGAGAUGUGGCUCAACGCAAAGACUGGUGGGCACUCGCACGGUGGCCCAACAGGCGAGACCAUCGUUCACGAGCACGAACAUGCGCAGAAUCCAGUACCGCCUGCUUACCCAUUUGGCCUGGCGCAAAAGCCGGAUAGCAUGGUGACCGAGUAUCCUCUCGAGAAAGAACACCAACCACGUGGGUACCGCGGAGCGAGCAGCAUCUACACCCAAGCCGGGCCGCCCAACCCAUACUCCGAUGAGGGCAAGCGGGACAGCCUCUCGACCAUGCCUGCUUGGUUCAUCGUCUUCUACGAGCAGUACGUCCGUCAACAAAACCUCAUGGUCGACUUGAUCCAUGCCAAUGGGGGCAAUGGGUCGGACAAGGAGGAGCCCGCGCCCGCGCCGGAGCCUCAUGUGGACGAGGAGAAUCAGCUGGUCGACCCAGCCGUUUACCGCAAGAUGUCGACCAACAUCACACUUCUCGAGGGCGGCAUUCUAUUUCACUCGGUAUUUGUGGGGAUGACCGUCUCCAUCACCAUCGAUGGCUUCGUCAUUCUCCUCAUUGCUAUUCUGUUCCACCAAAUGUUCGAGGGCCUCGGCUUGGGCUCGCGCAUCGCUGCAGUGCCGUACCCCAAGGGCAGCAUCAAGCCCUGGCUCCUAGUCGUUGCCUUUGGCACAACGGCACCGAUUGGACAAGCCAUUGGCUUGAUUACUCGCGGGUCGUAUGACCCCCAGAGCGCGUUCGGCCUCAUCAUCGUCGGUCUCUUCAACGCAAUCUCGUCUGGCCUUUUAAUUUACGCCGCGCUGGUAGACCUCUUGGCUGAAGAUUUCUUGUCCGAGGAAGCCAACCGGCUCAUGAACAAGAAAAAGAAGGCGCAGGCCUUUGGCUGGGUGCUGCUCGGAGCGAUUGGAAUGGCAAUCGUCGGAGCUUUCGCGUAAGCUCCGGUUUACGGAUGGGUGAGACUGUCUCCCAAGAAGAGGCGCUGUAUGACCGCCAGCCAGUCUUGCGUCUGGCUUUGAGCGCUUGCGCACAAUUUAAAUCUGCCGAUUUGACCACAAACGCAGCUGCGCAUUUUAGAGUCCUACGCUCGUUUGGCCGAACCAUAUAUGAACAAGCAUAGUCCGAAACAGGGUAUAUCUGAGAGAAUGAUAGCGACGGCUAGAGGGAUGCAUGCAUGAUGGCGGGUUGCUGAAAGAGGGCAGUCGGUUCGAGCUUCUCGCUGCUGGCAAUCAAGCGUGUAUCACCACGCGAGGUCAGCGCGAACGGCUUGGGCAGCAGAUCGGUGCUGCGAUUGCAGACCCGACGAGUGCAGGCACUUUUGUUGUGUCUUGAGCCGAGCUGUCGCGGGUGAGUGAGUGGUGCCAGCAUUGAUUGGGGAUCGGAAGAGCCGGAGGAGGCGCGUGCCAUUGCUCGCAGGGACAAUUUGCCGCUCUAUUUCGCAUUCGCUCGCGCGCAACGGACAGAGCAAGGAGCCAUUCAG